UUUUUUUUUUCUUUUUAUCAAACCAUGCCUCGCCAUUCCAAGAACAAUACAGCUUCAAGUGUAUUCACAUACCAUGAAUCUCAUACCCUUGAAUACGGUACCAAAAGACAACGUUUAGGACGUGAUUCAUAUAAAAACUACGAUGCAUGUUUCCUCUGCCUUCAAACAGCCAGGGAUCCCGUAUGUUGUGGUCAAGGUCAUUUAGCUUGUCAAGAAUGCAUGUAUGAAUCCAUUUUACAACAAAAGCAAUCGAUCGCUCAUCAACAACGUACAUUGGAUCAACAAACUCAAGAGAAACAAGCCCAAAAGCAACUUUCGGAUUUAGAAGCUCAACGUGUCAUUCUGGAUACUUUUGAUAAGACUCAAAAUAGUAUGUUGGGUAACCGUCAAGUACCCGUCGAUAGCAAAAAGCGUAAAAGAUUGGAAGAAAAAGAGGACGAGGAGAAACGUACAUUGAAUGAACAGGCCAUUGAUGAAACUGCUCUUCAAUUGAAGCAGGAAAAGGAAGAAGCUGCUAAACCAAAGAUCGGUUCCUUUUGGGUGCCUUCUGUUACGCCAGCAGCAGAUGCUUCUGCUUUGAAACCUGUCAAGACACAAGUCUUGUGUAGUGCAGUUGAAAAGGCUCAUCCCCUUAGUAUCAAAUCACUCAUCACUGUGAAAUUUCAAAAGGAAGAAGGCACGAAAAAGGACGGUAAUGUGUGUCCUGCUUGUUUAAAGACAUUGACCAACGCAUCCAAAUUAUCUGUAUUACGUAAUUGCGGGCAUGUAAUGUGUAAUGGAUGCAUUGAUAAAUUUGUUAAAAAGUCAAAGACAUGUUAUGUCUGUGAACAAAAGACGAAAACAAAAGACAUUAUUGAUAUGAGUCCUGAGGGUACAGGAUUUGCCAGUGCUAGUACGAAAGCGGUUGCCGAAAAGUUUAAUUUAUGUUUCCAAUAGUUUUUUUUUUUUUACAUAAAAUUCUGUGAUUUUUUUUUUUUUU